GCUAUGGCUCUAAUUGUUAGCACCUUGCCAACUUGAUUUCAAAAUAUUAUACGGCAACAUCAUUAGCAUGUUAUCAACUAUUAUUUAAACUUUUUGACGGUUAAAAAAUACCGACCAAAUAUAUUAGCCAAUUUACUAAAUUCCAUGUAAUAUAAUGUGAGUGAGUGUAGGGUGUUUCAAUAAUUGAAAUUUGGUACACAACUAUAUUUUUGUUUUCUUUGGUCACACAAUCAUGAAUGCUGUCUCACUUAAUUGAGUGUGAGCUAUGCGCUAAAUUAAAUUUAAUUGAAUUAGCGCCUGUUAAAAAUGUUGCUCGAAAUUAUUACUAAAAAGGAAUGUAAUCAGGUAUAUUUAAUUGCGGAAAUUGGCCAAAAUCAUCAAGGAUGUCUUGAAAUUGCCAAAUCGAUGAUACUAGAAGCAAAAAAAGCGGGAUGCAAUUGUGUAAAAUUUCAAAAAUCAGAUAUGAAAGCGAAGUUCACCCGUUCCGCCCUUAAUCGAACAUAUGAAAGCGUUCACUCCUGGGGUAAAACCUACGGUGAACAUAAGGAAUUUCUUGAAUUUUCCAAGGAGCAGUAUCAUCAGUUGCAAGCAUAUUGUGAUGAAAUUAAAAUUGAUUUUACUGCGUCUGCUAUGGAUGAGCCGUCAUUGGAUUUCCUUGUAGAUUUAAAGGUACCCUUCAUCAAGAUUGGUUCAGGAGAUGCGAAUAAUUUUCCACUUCUGACAAAAGCUGCAAGUCUCAAUAUACCUUUAGUAAUAUCGACCGGAAUGCAAACCAUGCAAACAGUUGAUAAGAUCGUAGAAAUUAUGGGGCAAGCGGGCAACAAUCAGUAUGCGUUGAUGCACUGCGUCUCUGCCUAUCCGACCCCCCCGAAUGACUGCAAUUUACAAAUGAUCGUAACACUAAUGCGACGUUAUCCCAAUGUUGCCGUUGGAUACUCUGGGCAUGAACUGGGUGUACGCAUCACUGAGGCAGCUAUAUUGACUGGAGCUAGGAUAGUGGAGCGACACUUUACACUGGACAAGAAUCAGAAAGGCUCCGACCACAGCUGCUCUCUUGAUCCCAACGAAAUGUUGUCGCUGGUCCGCUGCAUAAAUGAAUUUAAGCAUAACGAAUAUAUAUCCACCCCUAGUCUCAGUGCUGAUAAAGUAAUUGCAAUCUUGGGUGGCGGAAAGCAGUUAGAGCAAGCACUACAAGAAGCUAAGGGAAAGGACAAAUUUAUUUUAGAGAGUGAACUGCCUUGUCGCAACAAAUUGGGUAAAUCAAUUGUAGCUGCUCGAAAUCUAGACGUAAGGCAAACAAUUCAAGCGGCUGAUUUAGCAAUUAAGGUCAGCGAGCCGUCGGGUAUUUCUGCAGAAAAAUAUUUCGACAUAAUUGGCAUGAGGCUAAAGGACAGCGUCAAUGAAGAUGACCCCAUAACUGAGAAUAUGCUGAUACCAUAAGUCAGCGACGUUUAUUGAUUAAGUUUGUUAAUAAAAAAUGUAAUAAAAUUCCUAUUGACCAGUU